UCCUGUUAAAAAGAGUCCAGCGACUCCACUGGUUCAAGCUGUAAACCUGUAAGGUUACGUUAGAGAAUAACUUUACGAGUGUAGGCUAUAUCUUUAGCCCCAUGUGGCUACUAAACGGCUAAAUAGGAUUAUGUCCGUAAGAGGUGGAGUGUAAACACACUGGCUUUGUCUUCAAACCACCUGAGUUGCCUGCUUAGACAGCAUUUUAGAACAAGUGCUCGUAAACCUCGACACCAAACUCGACUGGGAUGCACUACAUUGCUCAGGCUUCUGUGAAUAAGAGCCAUUUGUUUUCUGGUUAGGUAGCUUGUUUGAUUGUGAAACACGAGUCAUAACGAGGAAGCGCGUCGCUCCCUGAGGUCUGGACACAUGAAGACAGGCUGCGAUGAGUAAAGAUGCCUCCGCCGCACAGAGUGUUCGCGCUGCCCAGACAACAGUCCCUGCUGCUGCCCGCGGUCAUCAACCCGUUCGUGCACGACCUGAGCUUAAGCACAGCCGACAAAACCAAAUGUUUUCUUCUAGGAAUUAUCCUUGUGCCGCUCCGUGCCAUUUUCUUGCUUCUAGUUCUCAUGGUCAUGUGGCCUGUUUCUGUCAUAAUAACAUUCGGACAGUCUCUGAAAGGAGCGGUGGAGCCCAUGACUGGCUGGAGAAGGUUCCUGCACAAAAGGGUGAUGACCUUUCUUGGCCGAAUGUAUUUCUUUGGGAUGGGCUUCAAGGUGGUGGUGAAGGGGAAGAAGGCCAGCACUUUAGACGCCCCCAUUCUAGCUGUGGCCCCCCACUCUUCUUUCUUUGAUGCCAUCGCCUGUAUUGAAUCCGGUCUGCCCUCUACCGUAUCCCGCAUAGAGUCUCUAGAAGCACCAAUCUUUGGCAGGUUUUUGCGUUGUGUUCAACCAGUGCUGGUUUCACGCACUGAUCCAGACUCUCGUAGAAACACUAUUAUUGAGAUUGAAAGGAGAGCAAAGUCAGGAGGACAUUGGCCACAGGUGCUCAUCUUUCCUGAAGGAACAUGUACAAACAGAUCAUGUCUUAUUACUUUCAAGCAAGGUGGCUUUGUCCCUGGGGUCCCAGUGCAGCCUGUUCUUAUCAGAUACCCAAAUAAGCUGGAUACAGUCACAUGGACAUGGCAGGGCCCAAAAUCGGCCAGACUACUGCUGCUCACACUCUGUCAGCUCUGUACUACAGUGGAGGUCGAGUUUUUGCCCCCUCAAGUACCUACUGAGAUGGAGAAGAAGUGUCCUCUGAAGUUUGCUCAGUCAGUGAGAGCUGUCAUGGCUGAGUCUCUGCACCUGCCAGUCACAGACCACACUUACGAAGACUGCCGUUUGAUGAUUGCUGCUGGAGAACUGACUUUGCCUAUGGAGGCUGGGCUAGUGGAGUUUACCAAGAUCAGCAGAAAAUUGGAAUUAAAAUGGGACAAUGUGAAGAAGGAGUUGGAGAGUUUUGCCAACAUAGCUUGUUCUUGCAAAGGCGGGAGGAUCACCGUUGAGGAAUUUGCCAGCUUCCUCAAAUUACCCAUCAGCCCAGCUCUACAGCAGCUCUUCGCUCUGUUCGACAGGAAUGGGGACGGCACUAUUGAUUUCAGAGAGUAUGUCAUUGGUGUCACGGUUCUGUGCCGACCAGCUAAUAAUGAGGAAGUCAUUCAGACUGCUUUUAAGUUGUUUGACAUUGAUGAGGAUAACUGUAUCACACAAGAGGAGUUCAGCAGUUUGCUACGUUCAGCUCUUGGAGUGUGUGAUCUCGACGUCCACAGCCUCUUCAGAGAAAUUGAUGCAGAUGGAUCAGGACACAUAACUUAUGAUGAGUUUCGCUCCUUCGCUCUCACGCAUCCGGAAUAUGCCAAGCUCUUUACCACCUACAUCGAGCUCCAGCGUUACCAGGGUCUGCAAGGGGACGAGACUGACUCUGACAGUGCUUUUUCUCACUGCUGUACUGCUGCUUUUGAUGAGCAUCAGGAGGACAGUGCCUCCGAUAAGAAAGAUGACUGACUCGGAUGAAGGAGAUUGAGCAUGCAGACACAAUGGUAAUACUCCAAGCCAUGCCAUCUGAACGUGUGCCUUAAGCCUGCAUGGGUGGGGUGCUUCUGCACACGAGCACAUGCCCUAUCAGAAAAUGUAGUUUUCUGUUUACAGCAUCAAGUGUUUCAUAAACUAUUUAAUGAUUUAUUUAAAAGCUUGUUUAUAUGUAUAAGCAUGCUGAAACUGUUCUUAUUGUAAUGCAGGUAAAAACAUACCUGCAGCUUUUAGACUUAAUGGCCUGUAAUUCCACAGUUUUAUAUGAUAUCUAAUUAAUAAAUAUGAAUUGCUUAUAUAUAAUUUUGGGGAAAGGUUGGCUUUUUUUUAGAUCGAAUACUGUCAA